AUGUGGAUAGUGGAUGUUGUGUGGAAUGAGAGAUGGUUGCAGGUCGGCGCUUUGUUCUUCGGGCUUCCCUUUUUGGCUGUGCCAUUCUAUUACGUUGUGGCAAAGGUUGGUUUGUGAAGUGUUAACACUGGAAUGAUUGUUUUAAUGGAUAAAUCGCGCAUUUUACGGCUUUCGAGACGAAAUAUCCAAAGGAUUUCUUUUUAUACCAAGAAAAAAAGAUAGUAACCUACAUGCCUACUAAAAACGUCUUCCUGUUUGCAAUUUUUGCGAACACUGCUUUCACGGCAGGACAUAACAAACAUGUUUUUUGACAUCUUGUUUCCGAAAAGAGGCUUUUUCAAGUCUCCGCCUAGAAUCAGUAGACAGCUCCGUUGCCUACGACCCAACGGCUUUGCCAGGCCUCGUAGACAGCUCCUACAAUCUUUUAUGGUGUCUCAGCCUGUUGUGUUUCGUAUCGAUCGAUUUUGUGUUGACUCGUACCUCUGGUGACCCGAAAAGCCGAGAGGAGAUAUUUUUGAUCCGAAAGUUAGAAAAAAAACCACUCUGAUAAAGUUGGCAAAAGAAAAAUGAAAUUUUUUUGCCAAGUUUAUCUAUGGAAUAUUUCGGGUCUGUUUAUAACGCAGAGCGCAAUAAUUCAACAAAAAGUCAACUUUCUCCGCGCAAAAAAUGCUAAUUGUAAGAGAUGGCCGGAAAACCAUCUUUUCUCUCUGAACACCCUCCGCAUUGGUCAUUCAGCGACUUAAAAUAGUCGUUAAAGUUUUAAACUGCACCUGCAAAGCGUGGGUUAAAAAUUUUCGGCAGUUGAUUUGUGCCCCAAGCACAACAAGUGGGACAAAGUUCAAACUUUAGAGAACAUUUACGCAUCGAAGUUCAAACACUUCCCUUGUGAACACUAACAAAACACCCAUUUCCAGGCAAUUUAUCGUCUUUCCACAAUUACCACAUGUGCCGCAUUACGAGUGUGCGUGAUACUGUCAGUACUUCAUAUCGGUCUAUUGGUCAUGUACCUUGUAAUUGGGUUCCUCCUUCUGAAUGAGACAACUUUGGCCGAUGCUUGGAUGAAAGUAUGCGGCAUUGACAUAAAAUUUAAAGAAAAUUGUAUUUUAGCUGUUAGGUUUCAUCUACGACCUUGCAACCACCUUUGCAUUGUUCCAUUAUCUCGCUUUUAUCAUAUUCAAAUUCGUGAUGGUCAUCAAGGACGAGUAUCCCAUGGAAUUACCUCAUUUCUUCGUCGAGGUAAGCUUGUUUGAAGGUGUGAGGUGGUGCUCAAGGUAGGGAAGUGUACAAGCCGACCAUAGCCAAAUGGCCGGUGCUAUAGACGGUUGGAAAGCCGUUGAAGAAUAGCUUAUAGUGACAUUGUUCGUGCUCACUUUCAAUUCUCUUAUGUGUCUUGCUAUAGACAUGAUAUUGCAUUAUCCUAUGAUAGGAAAAUCAAAAAAAGCGAUGCUAAGAUUUUGCUGGAACUUCGCGAAAAAUUUGAUUAGAAUUUUAUCAAGAAAUAUCUCCAUUUUUAGCCCAUUACAGUAUGUCCUAUGCUGUGCACAAUAAUCUUUGUGGUUUGCCAAUUCUUCUCCAAUAAUUACAACGUCUUUGACAUGGUACUACAGUCGUUUACACUGUCCAACAAUACGAUGAUUACAAAGUUUAUCGAGGCCCAAACUUUGAUCAAACUGGCGAUUAUGGCGGCAGGACUGUCGCUGUCCGCAAUUGAUGUGCUUUUGCUCUAUUUUCAUGUGAGUUUUGAUGAGAAUUCAGAAUUAUUCAGAGAAAAAAUAAAGAAAAAAAUCGGGAUUUUUUGAGCUUCAGGCUAAAACUUGAAUUUCAAUCAAGUUUUUUCCAAAAAUCUCGUUUUUCAUGUGAUAUAACCUUUUUUAUGCCUCCAAUUUCAGAUUAAAAAAGGAAUUGACGCCAGCAAAUAUCGACCAGUUGAUUUUCGUCUGACUUUUUUCCAUAUUUGUAAUUUUGGAGCCACUUGUUUGUUCUUCUCCAUCUUCGAAUUGGGGCACUUCUUUUUCGAUCGGAAAGGGUAUUCCGAGAGUAAGACCCUCAUCCUGCUGACAUUCAUUGCUGCUCAGCCCAUAUUCUUGGUCGUGUUGAAUCGGUAAGAUUUUUAUAUUAUCCAUUAGGAUAUACGGAUUGGUACCAUCCAGUGGCAAAAAACAUACCAUUUCGCAUUCGUGAAGUAUCAAAAAAUGUGGCAAAAUACCUCCCUCUUCAAGUGAAAAAACUUUGCCAAUUCCCUCACAAAAAGAACGGGCGCGCUUCUGAAAUCGGAGCUUUUAACUUGGAGAGGGAAGCAUUUUGCCACAUUUUUGAUACUUCCCGGAUGCAAAAUGGAUCAGGUCCCCCACUGUAAUUUUGGCAUCAGAGUUGCAACUAUCAUUCUGUCGGGAAAAUAAUGUGGAUUCCUCGUAUUUUUUCGCGUUGCGACGGCUUGAUAUAAUAUUUGGUGUGCAAAUGCGACGGGGCGAGAGAUUUUUCUGCGACAAAUCCACAUUAUUUUCCCGACAGAUUGAGAGUUGUCCGGCUACAAUAAUUUCUCCGGGAAAUCAAAAUUUUCCAUUCGAAAAACGCCACCAAAAUCAAAAAAAAAAUUUUCAGGGAAAUCCGGCGUUCGAUGAUGUUUGUGUUGGGGAUUGUGAAGAAUCCGGCGACUGGGCCCGCCAACGCUCAUCGGGUUCAUUUUCAAAAUUCGAUUGACAGUAUUGAAAGGUUUCCGCAAUAA